AUGAAUUGCCUCUCUGCCCACCAGAGGACUGCUCGGCGUGCGCCUGGACAGCCCAACUUUGUAACACCACAGAGGCCCACUCAGACACAAACACGCACGCCACAGAAGUCACAAUCACACACACACACACACACACACAUACACACACACCCGCGGGGAUAUGGUACGGCUAUAAAGAAGGAGAGGAGAGGGGAUGACAGACGGCAGAGUGUUGGGGUAUCACCUUCUCAGCAGAGACUGCACUCGCCCACGAAAAGACGGGACACACCUGGACAGGACG